AUCGGAGAUGAGACCUACAGGAUGACCUACAUUGAGGACAGCUACACACGUUAUUGUAAGUAGAAUGAUCAGUUAAAGUAAAGUACUUUAUCAAACCGUAUGAAUGUGUGUCCCUGCCCCCUGGAAAGUAGGACAUUAACUAAGAAUGUAAAGAUCAACAAGCCAUUGACAGAUUUCGUAUUCUAUUAACAUUUUCAGCAUCAAAAGCCUUUUUGGUAAGGUUAGUAAAUUUAUUCUCUCCAAAACAAGUUUCCUUUUUAUUGUUAACAGGGUAUUAUAGACGAAUUCCCUCCAUGGUUAAUUACAAAAUGUUGUACAAUUAAAAAUAAUUUCCAGCCACAAUUUCAUAUGUAGCAUCAAUUAGUUUAAUGAUUGUAAUAAUAUCAUUGUAUGACAACAAAAUGGCAACAAAAAAAUGGCAACAAAAUGGUAAUAAUAUCAUUGUAUUCCAUUUAUUGUUCUAUGUGUACUUAAACUUUAGAGAAGAAGUCAUGCCAAAAAAACGAAGGGGAUGUGGAGGUACCAGAAGGGACCUUUGGACACUUGCUGGAGGAGAAGACAGAGUGUUACAUAGUUUCAUUGGUAUUGGGAUUUUGCCAAAUACUAUACCAUCAAGCUCCAAGGUUUGGUCUCGACUGGCUUCAGAGGUUUUUGGCCAAGACAACCCAAAAAAACAAUUCCUUUACAGACAAAAACACUGUGGGAACAAGGUCAGACUGAACUUGUGGUGUCAGUGAUAAAGUCACAGGACCAGUGUUUUACUCUGCGGCAUUCUGAAUUUCUGACCUUACGCCCACAAGAACUGAUCUGUGGUGAGGUCAUCGAAGCUUACAUGCGAGCUACCCUUAACCAGUACGACCCUGCUCAUCGAAUCUUUCAAAUAGACCAUUACACAAACGGUGUAAUUCUUGGAGGUUCAAGCGAGCAAAUGAAUCGACACCUGAUGCGAAAAGUGAACCUGGAUACCUUUGACGCUGCUGUGUCAUUUGUUAAUGUAAAUAACAACCACUGGCGUUUCGUGUACCUUCAUGCGCCUUUAAGGACUUUAUUUGUGAUGGAUCCUGCCACUGCAGAACAAGAUUUUCACCUCUCCACAACUGCUGUUCAGCGUUACAACCGCUACUUUCAGAUGCGGCAGAACGUCUAUGGGAAACAGGUGUGGAGCAGUAUAAAGUGGAAAGCUGCAACUACUCCACACCCAGUCCAAAAAGAUUCCACAAGCUGCGGAGUCUUUGUGAUGCAGAUGGCUAAAGAGGCAAUCAAAUCCUUCCCGGCAAUACCUUCAUUCACCAUGAAGACUACACCAAGAGCUAUGAGUCGUCUCCGUGCAGAAAUGGCAGCGGAAUUACUGUCCGCAUCUGAGAAAGACUACGGUUCAAUGUGUGGCCUGGAAGAUGUGCCAAGGGACACAAAUAUCAACGCUGUUGUAAUUGACUGGACCCAAUGUGACUCAUGCAGAAGAUGGUUCCACGAUUUCUGCUAUUCCAAAAGUUGGACCCAAAACAUUAUGGUGAGGAGGCAAAAGACAGUUAAUAUUGAGAGGUGUGAGCCGCAAGUACUGCACUACGUUGACGGUGCAAAUAUUACAUUAACAUUGAUUCAGUAGAAGGGCCAAAACUGGUCUACGAUGGCUACGACUGGCCCCUAAUGGACGACCUUCAUAGAAUGUGUCGGGGACCCCCAGAGGGUCAUGGCAAAAUAAGAUCUAAAGUUUUAUGUUGGUAGCAUUUAUUUUCUUAUUUUGUUUGAGAUAUAUCAAAGUAGAUGUUUUCAUAG